AUGGGCAGCCUGGCGAUUUUGUGUUACGUAACCUCCGUUGUCAGUGCUGCCAUUUUGACCCGUCUGGUCCCAAUCUCAACUGCACAUGAUCGCCCUAUUCAUAUACUUGUCGUUGCCUUUGUCGCGUGCAGUUUCGCAUUACCCAGCAUAAGUCGACUGCUGCCGACGCUUUUCCACCCACCCGAGUCACAUUCAAAAGGAGGGAGAUACACUUCUUUGCCAUUGAACGACUUGGGCAACGUUGAGCCUCAAAAUGCAUACACACAAGAUGCCAAACAACGUCAGGGCAAGGUACGAGUCACAGUACUAGCAGCUGCCAUUGUCGCAAUAUCCUUGCGACUGGAGCUUUAUCGGCGCAUCUCAAAAGCAACCGAAUGUACCAUUGACAGCGUUGAGGUUUUCUUGCCGUUUCUACUAGCCUUGUACGAUGUCUAUCGAUUGCAAAAGCAGAGUCCCAUUUUCGGUGAAAAGCAAACCAGUACAAGCGCUUCGGGGUUUAUUCUGCGGACGAUAACGUUGAUUCAGGAGGCACUGGGAACUUAUUUGUUGCAACCAAGGACACGUUAUGUUCUGCCAGUAUUCCUUCUCGCAUCUGGCUGCCAUUUGACAACAGGCUUGUGGAGUUCCUCCACGUCUACCUACAUCUGUCCGAUUGUGACUGGCGAAUCUCAGACUAUCAAAGUCUUUCAAUUCCUGGCGCUCUUUUUAGACUUCGCAAUAGCCGUUGUUGCCUACGAAACCCGGCCCAAGGCCGACGGAACCGGGCUUUCAGGUCGAAGAUGUGUCGUGUUGUGGAGCUCGACGUUACUGGGUGUAUCUAUCAUCUGGUCGAUUGUUGGGGGGGCUUACUACCUCUUCAAACCCGAAUAUAGAGGCUGGCUGUUAUUGCUACGUCCUUCGGUGGAUUUCGGCACACUCAUCGCCAUAGGCGUGCAUACCUUCUUGUUCUGUCUUCUUUUUAUUUCCACACUACACUGCAUCACGACUUAUGGCGUUCUAGACAUGUCCAUCUACAUUACGGCUAUAAUGACUAUGAUACCCGGCUUCGAGUUUAUUUGGUCCCGCAGAUCUCCCUACCCACCAGUUCCAAAGACUUCCUCUAUCACUUCGUUCGUUCUAAUCCUGGUUGGCUGGUGGAUGUAUAGCCGAAUACAGCAAGCCAUGGGUGAAAGAGAACCAGCUCCACGAUAUCGCCACGCUUUAAUCCCCAUCAUUCUAUGUAUUCUAAUUCUCCCAGCUUGGCGCAAAAGCGAUAACGUCUAUUUUCAUCCCAUUGAUGUACUCAUCUAUGAUGCAAAGUUACAACAUGACCGAUAUGUGGCAAGCGUUGGUAAUACUCUCUCACUCCAUGAGACGGUUGAUCGAUAUCAACAAAGAUACAAGAGGAGACCCCCUCCUGGUUUCGAUUUAUGGUUCGAAUAUGCCAAGAGUAGAACCUCUUUUGUUGUGGAUGAGUUCGACCAGAUUUAUGAUGACUUGUUACCGUUCCGCACAAUCCUCCCAGACGAGCUCCGUAAGCAGACCUGGGAAAUGGUGUCCAAUCCGUGGAAUGAAAUAUCUGGUAUUACCAUCAGAAACGGUAGUGCUACCGUGCAGAGUAACGUUCUCCCUACACAUCGGUGGAUGCUGGAGGGUGUGGCCAAUUUAAUCAAUAAAUUCGCGCAGCAUUUGCCGGAUAUGGAUCUGGCCUUCAAUCUCAAUGAUGAAUCUAGAGUGGCAGUUCCUUUUCAAGAGAUUGAGAGCCUUCGUCAACAAGGCCGCAUGGAGGAUAAGAGCGGUCGCUUAGGCUGGUCAUCCGAUCGUGCUGCUGGUUGGCUUCCAAUUCCCGAGCACGAGGUCAAGGAAACAGUCUUCAGAGACAUGUCCUUCCGUAAUACAUUUCGAGAAUUUGGCUCGGUGGGCUGUGACCCCAAAUCUUUGGCGAGAACCACACCUCAUGUUUCUUCUCAAUCUCAUCUCUGCCACACUUGCGCGGCGCCCCAUUCGCUUGGCCAAUUUGUGUCCGACUGGACUAAAUCCGGCGACAUCUGUCAUCAACCCGAUGUCGCUCAUCUUCAUGGUUUCUAUCUCUCACCGGCGGCCUUCAAAACAUCACAUCGACUGAUGCCGGUCUUUUCCCAGUCCAAAGCACAUGGAUACAAUGACAUCUUGUAUCCGUCAGCGUGGAACUAUAUGGACAAAGUCAUCUAUGCCCCUUCGGAAGAUAAUGGCACUCCUGGGCAAGACAACUUCAAAGCAGGCUUCCCUGACCCACCAUUCUCCGAGAAGGAAAACACCCUCUUUUGGCGAGGAGCCACGUCCGAAGGCGUGUCAAGUGGCAACCACGCAUGGCGCGGCAUGACACGCCAACGCUUAGUCCACAUGGCCAACAACCUAACAACUUCAGCCCACGAUGCCGUGACUAUCCUCCUUCCGCACCCCACAUCUCCCAAAACCUACAAAUACCAAACUCUCCCAGGUCCCAUGAUCAAAUCUCUCGGCCUGAACACCUCGAUCGCAAUCGUCGACCAUAUCGCACGCUGCGGCGGCGUUGGCCUACAUGACUGCAGCGAUCAAGAGGCUGAAUUCUCUCCUGUACCCCCGACCGACUUCCAAGCGCACUGGCGCUACAAAUUCCUUUUCGACCUCGACGGCGCCGGCUUCUCAGGCCGCUUCCUCCCAUUCUUGCAAUCGCGCUCCCUCCCUUUCAAAACCGCUCUGUUUCGCGAAUGGUAUGCCUCACGCCUCACGGCUUGGCACCAUUUUGUGCCGCAGGACAUCCGUCUGCACGGCGUGUGGAGCACUCUCGCGUACUUUGCGGGUGUGAAUGUGAGCCUGCCUGAUCAGCGCGAUAACUACUGGCCUGCGCAUACUGUGGAGGCGGAGAGGAUUGCGUUGCAAGGGCGCGAUUGGGUCGAGAAGGUGGUCAGGAAGGAGGAUAUGGAGGUAUAUUUCUUUCGGUUAUUGUUGGAGUGGGGAAGGUUGGUGGAUGAUGGAAGGGAUGAAUUAGGCUAUGGGACUCCUGGGGGUGAGGCAAAAAAAGAUGGGUGGUGA